ACCAACAUCACAUCUUUUUCGCGUAAUAAAGUUGUGCGUGAAGUGCGCAUAAGUUUAAGUGUGAAGUUAACAAGAACGACUCCCAAAAACCCUGACAAAUGUGUCUCUUCAGAAUAACAGUGCACUAAGGCUGUUAAAUUGGUUCGCCGUUGUUUCUUAAGAGCGAGACAUUGUUAUACUAGAAACAACAGCGAGGUUAAAAACGUGAUCACUGUAGCGUGAUCCUCGCUUGGACAAAUUUGUCCAAAUAUCGGAAUGGUUUGAGAAUUGACAGACAGAUUCCUCUUAUUGUGAAGUUCAACCGGAUUUAGUACCAGUCACUCCAGUUGUUUUACAGUAGUUGGACCGGUGGCAGCUGUCCGAUGUCCCGGAGUGUUCCCUGGCCUCGGGGCGAUGUGACCGUGAGGCCACCACUGUGUCCGGACUGCCGCGUCCAGGUCAGGAUGGACCUGAAGAGAGCCGAACAUGGUCACAACAUGAACACGCUGUACGGGGAAUUCACGGCCACCGGUAACCAAAAGGUCAGGUGCGCCGUGAGCCUGACUGACAGGGAGCUCGUCGUCCAGCGGCUCACCUCGAUACCUGCGGGCCGGAACCGAGUGGUCCUCAGCCUGAAGGACUGCGUCGGAUGCCGGGCGUACCGGGAAGAUGACAACGCGGACUCGGCGGCUUACCUGUCCGCCUAUUUUUACCCGUUUAAGCGGCGUUGGGUAGGCUCCGGGUUCUCGAGGCAGAGAGUGGAACAGUGCUUCCGUCUCGCCGCGCUCCAGGACCCGCGAGCCAACCUCGACGAGGCAGAGAAGUGGGCUCGCGCCGUCCGGGAGCGCUCGAACCGGUGUCAGCACCAUCGAGACGCAGGGGUGCCGCCGAGUGAGCUGUCGCAUCCAUGCCGGAUGAUGCUGCUGGUAAAUCCACACAGCGGGAAAGGACAGGCGCUCGUGCUCUACAACAACCACGUCCAGCGGAUGCUCAACGAGGCCGGCGUGCUGCACACGCUGGUCGUCACCGAACGUCAGAAUCAUGCCCGCGAGUUGGUGAGGGAGGCUGACCUGUCCCAGUGGGACGCUCUGGUCAUCAUGUCAGGAGACGGCCUUCUGUUUGAGGUGAUUAAUGGUCUCCUGGACAGAUCAGACUGGAAGGAGGCGAUCCGAACACCUCUUGGUAUACUUCCUGGCGGCUCAGGCAAUGCCUUGGCUGCGUCCAUACAUCACUACGCAGGUGCCUCGUUGGUGUCCAGUGAGGAGCUCCUGGUCAGCUGUGGCUUCCUUCUUUGUAAAGGUGUGGUGUCCCGCAUGGAUCUGGUCUCGGUACACCUCUUCUCGGGCACUCGCCUCUUCUCCUUCCUCUCGCUGGCGUGGGGCUUCGUGGCCGACGUGGACAUUGAGAGCGAGAAGUACCGUCACGUCGGAGCAGCUCGCUUCACCGUGGGCACUCUGGUGAGGUUGGCGUCUCUUCGCGUCUACAAGGGCAAGCUGGCCUACUUGCCCCUGGAGGCAGAUUGCAACCGGAUGGGAUCCAGAAAUAGCAACAAUCACAGCGCCACCUUGCACAACUCCAGAGACUCUCCUUUGCAGAACUCUUUCCACAACUCCUGUCACUCCAACAACUCCCUCAAGGCGAGGAGAUUCGAGCGUUUACGCAGCUCCAGCAAAACUCAGACGGGCCUGUGGAACUCUGUGCUCCCGCGGCUGGAGGAGCCUCUCCCAGGGAACUGGGUGGUGGUCCCAGAAGAAGACUUUGUCCUGGUGCUGGCCAUGUACCAGUCCCACCUGGCCGAGGACCUGCUGGCUGCACCGGACGCCACCCUGGACGACGGCGUCAUUCAUUUGUUCUACGUCAAAGCAGGAAUAUCCCGCGCCGCGCUGCUCAGGCUCUUCCUCGCCAUGGAAAAGGGCGCACACGUGACGUCCAGCUGUGCACAUCUGGUGCACACCAAAGUGCGGGCGCUCAGGAUGGAGCCAUAUUCUCCCAAAGGGAUUAUAACCGUGGAUGGAGAGGUGGUGGAAUAUGGGCCAGUGCAAGCAGAGGUGCACCAGGGCCUCGCUAGACUCAUCAGUGCAUGAACUUGAAUGACCUGACACUUAUAUACGCAUACGCACACACACACACACACACACACACACACACACACACACACACACACACACA